AUGGAAGAAAUUAAUGAGAUUCUGUUUAGUAAUAAUCCUCCACUACUAAUCAUCAUCCUAAUCACCACUCUAAUCAUCCUUUUCUCAACCAUAUCCUUCCUCAAGAAACAAAACAAGAAGCAGAGCAACAAAAACAGAGCCGCCACAUUUCCCCUGCCUCCAGGGCCAUGGAAGCUCCCCAUCAUCGGCAACAUCCACCAAUCCUCCUCCGCCCUAAUCCACCGCCGUUUCGCCGAACUAUCCCAACACUACGGCCCCGUGAUGCAUCUCCAGCUCGGCGAAACAUCCAACGUCGUCCUAUCCUCCCCUGAAUCCGCCAGCGAGUUCCUCAAAACACACGACCAGAACUUCGCCAUCCGGCCCUACAUGCCGUCCGGCAGCAUCAUCUGCUACGGCGGCAGGGACAUCGUGUUCUCGUCGGAAGGGGACUACUGGCGGCGGAUGAAGCGGAUCUGCACCACGGAGCUGCUGAGCAAGAAGCGCGUCACCUCGCUGCGGUUCAUUCGAGAGGAAGAGGCCGACAAGCUGGUGCAGUUGAUUGGUCGGGAGUCUGCGGCCGGAGGAGGAGGAGCGGCGGUGAACCUCAGCCGGCUGCUGUUCGCCGUCAGCAACACGAUGACGUCGAGGACGGCGUUCGGGAAGGUCCGGGAGCUGGAGGAGUCUUUCUUGCCGGUGAUGCAUCGGAUUCUUCAGACGUUGGGUGGGUUCAGCAUCGGGGACCUCUUCCCUUCCAACAGGUUUUUGCGUUUAAUUAGUGGAACAGAGAGAGAACUGAAUAAGCUUCACCAAGAAAUAGAUGUUAUCAUCCAAGGAAUUGUUGAUGAGCAUCUAUCGAGGAGGAGAAGGAGAGAAACUGAGCAUCAUGACAUAGCAGAAGCAGCAGAAGAAGAUGAUAAUGAUGAAGAUCUAGUUGAUGUGCUCUUGGCUUCCACUAACAACCACUUGGAGGCUAAAGCCAUCAUCAUGAUUAUACAUUAUGCACUGCAGGACAUGUUUUUGGCUGGCGGUGAGACUUCCCCUGUUACGGUGGCAUGGGCCAUGUCCGAACUGAUGAGGAAUCCGGAGAAAAUGGAAAAAGCACAAAGAGAGGCGAGACAGUUGUUUGACAGAAAAGGGGGAGUAGUCGACGAAUCGUGCCUUGACGAGCUGCACUAUCUCAAAUCGGUCAUUAAAGAGACCCUGAGAAUGCAUCCUGCCGUUCCUCUGUCGAUUCCGAGGGAAGGCGUGGAAGCUGUCGUGAUCAAUGGGUAUCGAAUACCGACAAAGACAAGGGUUAUCGUCAACUAUUGGGCCAUCGGUCGAGAUCCCUCGUACUGGACCCAACCGGAUGAAUUCAUGCCGGAAAGAUUCCUCGACAGUUCCGUCGAUUACAAGGGUUUUGAUUUCCAGCUCAUCCCAUUUGGAGCCGGAAGAAGGUUGUGCCCGGGCAUAAACUAUGGGAUCGCUGUUGUUUCUCUUCUGCUCGCAAAUUUGAUUUACCAUUUUGAUUGGAAGCUCCCAAACCAGCUGAAACCUCAAGAUCUUGAUAUGUUCAAGAAUCUUGGAGUUUCUGCUUCUCGAAAAAAUGAUUUGUAUCUCAAUCCCAUUCCUUACCAUGCACCUUAA